AUGAGUUCCCAACUAUUGAAACUGACUCACGACGCCCUCAAAAUUUUAGGAAUUGGCCCAAAAAGUAACAAAAUUUACUCGUUCCUGUUACUCACAACUUUGACUCUUUUGGUCAUUCUGUCCAGCAUUGAUCGACCUUAUCUCAAAUCCUACACUUACAUCAAGCUCGUUGUGAGUGUUUUGAUGGACUUUAUUGCUUACUUCUUCAAUUUUUGGACGAUUUUGUUCAGUCGAAGCGAUUUUUUCCAACAGUUUGAGUGUGACAAUGAGCCGAAACUGCGCCACUAUUUAAUCUUUAUUUUUGUGAAUGUGUUUUUUUGGGUGAUUAUUUUAAUGUCGAAUUAUGCCUUCACUCGCAUCAUUCUAUUGAAAUCUGUGCUCGAAAUCGUGAUAAUUGACAUCGAAAUUUACAGCCAAUUUUUAUACGGUUUCAUGAUUUAUCUAAUUUUGGACACGAUCAAGUCAAAGUAUCGCCAAAUGCACCGACUUUUGGCCAAUUACAAGGUGAUAACGUCCGAUGAGUUUUUCUAUCUCGUUUCAAAAAUCGAAAGUUUGGCUUGUGAGUUAAAAAAUACAGUCGACGAUUUUAAUGACAUUUUCGGGAUUUCUUUCCUUUUAAUAAUAUCGUACUCGACUCUACAUUUCGUCAAUUACAUCGACGAUUUAUUUUUUUUCCGGUUCGAAAAAUCAAAAUUUGAGCCGUUUCUCAUCUCAAACAUUUCGCUAGUUUCGCUAAUUUUCCUCUUUAAUUGCACUUUAAUCAUUAUGUGUGAUUGUGUGCGUAGCGAAGCGUCAAAAGUCGUGAAAAAUGCACAAAAGUUGAGACAUAAAUUCGAUUUAAAAACCCUUGUUUUGAAUUUUCCCAAGUUUACAGCCGGCGGUUUUUUCCACGUGAAAAAGUCCACGAUUUUUAGUAUUUUGAACACAGUUAGUACCCUUCUAAUCGUUAUGGUCCAGUUCGAUAAAGAACGAUAAGCGUGAUACACUGACCCCUGACCGAAAAACACGAAUUUGUUUGCCAAUAAUUCAGUUCCGAUCAAAUAACUGUGAUGAUUUGUUUAAUUUUGUUGAUUGUGUUGUUCGUUUCUGGGGGUUUUACCCUUGAGUGUAAUACGAUAAACCACCGCCAAAAAUUCAAGCCUGAUAUUAUUUUGGCACAACAUUACUGUAAAAAUGUUCCGUCGAAUUUGGUCAUUGAUAGUUUGUAUUUCGUUGAAACAAAUUAUCCGCAAGAAGUGACUAUCGUUGAUUCGGAAAUACCAACAAUUUCCAAUUAUUCGUCGCUUCUUAACAUGAAAUAUGUGCGAAAGUUGGUUUUGAAAGGCUUGGGGAUUAGGAAUAUAAUCCCUGGUGCGUUUCGCAACAUGAACAAUUUGCAAGAAUUGGAUUUGAGUUUUAACCAGAUCAGGGAAUUGUCCGGUGAUGCGUUUCAGGGAUUAGAAAGGUUGGAGACGUUGCAUUUGGAGGGAAAUCAGUUAAGGGAUGAUUUGGAGGAGAAGAGAAAGUUUUUGCCCAAUUUGAAGAAUUUGUUCCUGAGUGAUAAUCCGAUCGGAGCGGCUGAAUAAUUAAUCAAGUAGUGAAAUAAAAAUAAACUGAAAACAAAACUAGUUUUUUUUCUAAAACCUAACAAAUGGUUUCAUUUUUAUAUUUGGCGGAUGCAUUGUUACAGAAACCUGUAAACGAGUCGUUCAAGUGUUGAGUCAGAGAUAAGCAUUUUUAUUGUGUGGCUUAAAAUAUUGAAUAAUUGCAAAUAAUUACUUAAUAUUCAUAAAUUAAAGUUAGUUGUAGCGUAUUUUAAUUAUGUUUUAGCUUUAAACUUGUGCAAAAUUGCUUAAAAGGUGACAAAUCUAUUUAUUUACAAAUUGACGAAUUAAUUUUGUCACAACUGGUAAGUUUUAUCUAAAUACACAAUAACCGACCCUCGUAUAUAAUUUCAAACCACCCUCGUAUACAAUGAUUUAGUGUUGGCGCGCUUGAUUUCCACUAAAUACGUCACGAAUGUUACCGUAAAAUACGAGGGCAGUUUUAAAUAUGAUUGAAACCCAGACUUUUAGGUGAAUAAGUGGCUUGCCGGACAAUUUUUCAAUUCUCAACUACACCGAGAGUGUCCACGUGUUAGACGGCGAUAGAAAUAUAAUUUAUUAAUUUAAUUUCGAUUAAAUUUAAUGGCGGGAAUGAUAAUUUUCGGGCCGCCCUCGUAUCAUGUAUGUUGGCAGACUUGGUUUCCACUAAACUGUCACUUGUCACCUGAUUAUUGAUUUUUCAAUACCGGGGCAGACCUAAAGGUCAUUGAAAUUCAGGAUUUGGGGUGAAAAGGCGGUUUCUGGAACAUUUUUUAUAUUGUCAACCCCUUUGUUACACGCAGUGUAAUCACGUGUGAGUGGGCUGUGUGAAAAAAUAUAAUUUUUAAUUUUUAAAAUGGUUAAAAUUGGGUGGCGGGCGGAACACUUUUUGGGGUGCCCUCGUAUACGGUGCAAAUUUAUCGGGCCUACGUCAGCAGGGUACGUCAGCGGUUGCAUGACAGCGGCAGUUUUCGGGCGGCGGUCGAAGCGGUCGGACGUGUGUGUGUCGUGCGUGCAUUUUGUUCGUUAAAUUGUUAAAUAAAUUGUUAAACGCGAAUUAAUCGAAGUGAUGCUGUGCUGUGCUGUGCUGUGCUGUGCUGUGAAGUGAAAUUUUGGAGAAAAUCGCACAACACGGGACCGUUUAACCGCAAAAAUUUUUAUCACAUGUUUUGAAGCAAGGGUCGUACUGUUGCUCGCCCAACACGAAUAAACAGUCGUCAAAUGUGCUAACCAUUGCAAUUUCCGCUUGGAGUUACGAAUUUUGAAAGCUCAAAAGCUGGUGUCUGUGUUGGAUUGCUUUAUGGACUGGUUGCGGCCGGCCUGCGGGAUCCGGAGGACUUCAAAGACGUUCUUCGUCUGGAUCUUCAAAAAUUAUUUUUUUUUAACUGGCAAUAAUUAUUAUUGAACAUUGUUAUAUAUUUGUGUGAUUGUUUAUGUUUUAUGAAUAAACGCUAGAGAAAUG